CCUCGUGCACGGCAGCUCGACUCUCUCCGUCUCCACAUCCUCCGCGCCGCAUCAUGGCUGAGCUGCCGGCGCCCACCGGGCGCAUCAGCCGCACGUCCAAGGACAUUCUCAGCGGCACAUGUGGUGGCAUCGCCCAGGUGCUCGUCGGCCAGCCGCUGGACAUCGUCAAGGUGCGCCUGCAGACGGCGCCGCAGGGCACCUUCACUGGCAUGGCAGACUGUGCCAAGCAGCUCAUCAAGAAUGAGGGUCCCUUGGCCUUCUACAAGGGCACCUUGACGCCGCUGCUCGGCGUGGGCCUCUGCGUGUCGAUCCAGUUCGGCGUCUUUGAGCGCAUGAAGCGCGAGUUUGGCGCCGCCAAUGCCGCGCGUGACCCGGCGCUCAAGGGCAAGGGCCUCUCGGGCGGACAGCUGUACCUGGCGGGCGCCGCGGCGGGCCUGACGAACAGCUUCGUCGCUGGACCGGUGGAGCAGAUCCGCAUUCGCCUGCAGACGCAGCAGACAAAGGUGUUCAGUGGCCCGCUCGACUGCGCAAGCAAAAUCGUCAAGGCUUCGGGCGCAUCGGGCAUCUUCCGAGGCAUUGUGCCGACGCUGCUGAGAGAAGGACACGGCAUGGGCUGCUACUUCCUCACCUACGAGUACCUCGUGCAGCAGCUGCUCGCCAAGACUGGAAAGACGCGCUCGGAGAUGCCGAGCAUGUACGCCGUGCUCUUUGGCGCCACCUCCGGCCUGGCUGUGUGGCUCUCUGCAUACCCCUUCGACAUCGUCAAGACGCGCAUGCAAACCGAUGCGAUCCUGCCCUCGGAGCGCAAGUUCAAGGGCACGCUCGACUGUGCGCGGCAAAUCUAUCGCUCCGCCGGCGCCGGCGGCUUCUUCCGCGGCCUGACGCCCACGCUCGUGCGUGCGCCCUUCUCCAACAGCGCGACGUUCCUGGCGGUCGAGUGGGCGGCGAGGAACCUGGAGCCGUACGUCGUGUCCUAGACGCAUGGGAGACGCUCGUGUGGGGAGGUAUGGCUCCGUCUGCGCCACGAAGCGGGCACAUAGACUUGGACGACGGAGAGCGG